AUGACGACAAUGUCGUUCGCUAAAAGUUUGGUUAACCCAGCAUUGAAAGUGCUCCUGAAGCAGAAUAACGCAAAUCUACGCGUUACUGGCAUACCUACACUAACACCGUUAAGUAUAAUUCUGCGAAGAAAUUAUGCGGAAAAGCAGGUCUUUGAGAGGACAAAGCCACAUUGCAAUGUUGGUACUAUUGGACAUGUUGAUCAUGGAAAAACGACUUUGACCGCUGCCAUCACAAGAGUGUUAGCUGACCGUAACUUAGCUCAAAAGAAAGGGUACACAGACAUAGACAAUGCACCAGAGGAGAAGGCACGAGGUAUCACAAUCAAUGUUGCUCAUGUUGAAUACCAGACUGACAAGCGGCAUUAUGGCCACACGGAUUGUCCUGGACAUGCUGACUACAUUAAGAACAUGAUCACAGGAACAGCUCAAAUGGAUGGUGCAAUUCUUGUGGUUGCAGCAACAGAUGGUGUGAUGCCCCAAACCAGGGAGCACUUGUUGUUAGCUAAGCAAAUUGGUAUCCAACAUAUUGUUGUGUUCAUCAAUAAAGUGGACGCUGCUGAUCAAGAAAUGGUUGAACUUGUGGAGAUGGAAAUCAGAGAACUUAUGACUGAAAUGGGUUAUGAUGGUGACAAAAUACCAGUUAUUAAAGGCUCAGCAUUAUGUGCCCUCGAUGGUAAAAGUCCAGAGAUCGGUGCGGAUGCCAUAACACAACUUCUAGAUGAAGUGGACUCAUUUAUUCCAACACCUGUAAGAGAGCUAGAGAAACCUUUCCUCUUGCCAGUUGAAUCUGUACACUCGAUUCCAGGACGUGGAACUGUUGUUACAGGUCGUUUGCACAGAGGUUGUCUUAAAAAGGGAACAGACUGUGAAAUUGUUGGUCAUGGUAAGGUCAUGAAAACAACAGUGACAGGAGUGGAAAUGUUCCACAAGACCCUAGAAGAGGCUCAGGCUGGAGACCAGCUUGGGGCUCUAGUCCGUUCCAUCAAGAGGGAACAAAUCAAACGUGGUAUGGUGAUGGCUAAACCAGGAACUGUUAAGGCACAUGACAAUAUCGAAGCUGCUGUUUAUAUCUUGAGCAAGGAAGAAGGUGGUCGCGCUAAGCCCUUCACAUCCUUUAUCCAACUCCAGAUGUUCUCUAUGACCUGGGACUGCGCUACUCAAGUCACCAUCCCACAAAAGGAAAUGGUCAUGCCAGGCGAAGAUGCGACAUUACAACUCCGGCUUCUCAAACCCAUGGUGUGCGAAACUGGACAGAGAUUCACGCUACGACUUGGUGAUCUUACCCUAGGAACGGGAGUUAUCACAAAGAUCAACAAGGACUUGACAGAGGAAGACAGACUUAAACUCUUGGAAGGCAAGAAGGCCAGAGAAAAGGCGGCCGCGAAGAAGUGA